AUGACAGAGCAGACUGAGCUCAUUCACACCUUCAAUGGUAUUCCAUUUUCUACAAGAGUAUCAAAGGAGCUCCUUCAGUCCCUGGACACCUUUGAAGCCAGAGAAGACGACGUGUUAUUAGUUUCCUAUCCAAAAUCAGGCACGCACUGGCUUACAGAGAUUAUGAGGAAUCUGUACCACAGCCACAAUGAAGACAAUGGGGUUAGCAAAGUGACACUGACAUCACCUCUGGAGUUCGGAGAUCUCUCCAAGUUCGAUGAGCUGAGAAACCUCCCCAACAAGAGGCUCAUCCCAACACACCUCAACUAUGAAAUGAUCCCAGUGCAGUUCAAAACGAAAAAAUGCAAGAUGAUUUAUGUGAUCAGAAAUCCUAAGGACACCGCUGUUUCAUUGUACCAUUAUUACAAGCAGAACCCCAAUCUGCCCAAGAUUGAGAAGUGGUCCACCUUUUUAGAAAUGUUCUUGAAAGGAGAAGUUGUGUGUGGUUCUUGGAUUGAUCAUGUCCUUAGCUGGGAAAAGAAUAAAAUUGAUGAAAAUGUCCUUGUUUUGUACUAUGAGUCCAUGAAGAAGGAGAGUUCAAAAUUACAUUUCAUUUGGUUAUUCUGA